AUGUCUUGCGAUAUACCGUGCCCUUUUCGAAACAAGUUCAAGAAGGACGAUUUUACCGAUAAUAUUAUUAAAAUCGGUAUUGUACAUACCAACUCGAAAUAUAGUGUAUUUAAAAUACAUUAUUUUUAUAUUCUUAAUAAAAAAUGCUUAAAGAAUCCAAUUUGUCUCUGGCACUCCGAGAUCGGGCGACCGCUCUAACCAGUAACCCAGGAUCUAACAGGACUGACGAUUUUUUCAAGCACUUGUUGCGUUUUCGCUACUACAUUGAAUUUUCGUCAUGGGUUCGAGUCCCAUCGCAGAGUGCCAGGGACAAAGUGGAUUUUUUAAGCAUUUUCCUUUAAGAAUAUUUCUCAGUAUAGCAUUAGUAAUACAAAAUUCAUCAAAUAUAAUCAUACAUUUUCUUUUUUUACAGAUUGAAACAGUGUCACGUUACCCGUGAAGACUUCUGAAGAAGAAGACUUUAAGUGCCAUUCGCAACAAGUUUACCAUAAGAAGUGAUAUAGUCUCAUCUAGUGAUAGUGCAUAACCGUGAUAUAUACUUAGAAUAAGGUGCUAACACCAAUAAAUUUUAUUUUGAAAGUAACCAAAAAGUAGCCAAGCUGGCUCCAUACAAAGAUAUAAUGAACUCAUCAAGUAUGAGUUCCGCUGUGCCUACGAUUAAGUGCGAGGACACUUCGCCGUCGCCUACGGCAGCGUUGGGGGAUGGGGAAUCUUCUGGUGCAUACAAUCUCAGUGUGAACGUUAACCUUAGUACUGCUGUCAUCAACCUCCUAUCCGCGGAGACCAACACUACAACACUCCGCACGCCCGAAAUUGUCAACGAUGUAAUCACUAUGACCAAUCCUUUGGACCAGUACAAUUACAGCGAUAAAAAUUCCAGUUUCAAGCCAGGAAGCGGCAAUGAGUCCAACUCUUCCAUGUCGAACGGAUCUUCGGCCACUUCUCCAGCAUCUGGUACUCCGCCAAGCAUACAAAAGACGUGUUCGGAUCUCAUAAAGGCGGGUCUGAAGCUAUCCAUCGAAUCGAAGAGGAAGAUGUCUGGCAGUGACACAGACGGUGGAUUCAAACGUUUGAAGAAAGAAGAGAGCGACGACGAAUAUGAUAGUAGUCAUACGCAGACGACAAAAAGUGACGGGCUUACGCCAGAAGACGAAGAACGUAGAAGGAGAAGAAGAGAAAGAAAUAAAAUUGCAGCUACCAAGUGCAGAAUGAAGAAACGUGAAAGAACUGUCAACCUGGUCACAGAGAGCGAGGUCUUGGAGAAUCAAAAUAUAGAUCUAAAGGCACAAUUAAAGGAUCUGGAAGUGCAGAAGAGGCAACUGAUGGACAUGCUCUCUCUCCACUCGGCGUCUUGUGUAAAAAACAACAAUUCCAACACCAGGCAGUCUCCGACGGCAAGUUACAACAUGAUCCGGCCAUACGAAUCACCGACAACAUUCCCGACUUCAUUCGAAGCGUCUCCUUACAUAAGGCCGGAGUCGGCGAACAUUCUCGCGUCCAGUUACACUUGUAUCACACCUCUAAACAAUGAGUCUUCCAUCGACACAGUUUCUUCUCUAGACACUAUCUACGUACAGCCCCAAAUUAUCGAAGACUACAACAGACCGGACAGCGUUCUCAGUCUACCGCCCAAUUCCGAAGCUCACUUUAUCUCCACAGACGGAUAUCUCCCUAAGGCCACAAAUCUCUUGGUUCCAAUGGAUCCAGAACAAGAGUACUACGACCAAGAAGUGACAUACGCGCUUCCCGCAACGCAGCAGUGCCACACGUACCCGAGCACUUUGUCCGAAGCGCAAACAAAACUCAAUAAUGGCCUUAACGACGGUUGUCUCGUUUAGCUACCGUUGUUGUACAUGUACCAUCCAUUCACUUUUUGUCGGGUCCAAAAUUUAUUUUUGACAUGUAUACGUAUAUUUUUGAAGUUUUGGAGUUUUGAAAAUUAAUUCGAAAUAGAGUAUCACCGUUGACAACUUUACACUUUUUUUUCAUCUGUUGAAUAUUAUAGUGGGAUAACAGUUUAAAGAAUGUAUAAAUAAAGUGGAAAACUUUUAUUGUGUCUUGUUUGAAAAAUGAAAUAGAUGUGCCAGAAAGAUGUGAGGCGGGGAAUUUAUUUCGAAACGAAAUCGUAUGUCUACUGUGUAGAACAACAACAUAUUAUCUAGGUUUAAAUGGUGGUCGUGCAUGAAACGUUUACAGUUUUGAGGAUAGUGUCCAUAUGUUACUAAGAUCACAUUUUGUUUUUUUUUUAAUGAUAUCUUUAUAGAAACGUCGCCAAAAUAGGAAGAUUUCCUAAAUUUCCACUCUAUUUUCUAACUAAAUUCUGUUGUCAAAAAAUAAUUAUUAUCUAUUUCUUGUCUUUCGUUGAAAUUUGAAAUGCAAUCAUUUCAUAUCCUAAAUAUAUUACAGCUAUUUUGUUUUUGAGAAAGGUAAAUAUUAUCAACAGCUUUUUUAAAAAAAAAACAAAUGCUGUGUGCUGUUUCGUCUUUAAAAUGUAAAAUAGACAAAGACAGACGUUUUUUAAUGCAACUUCCAUCGGUUGUAGUUAACUGUAAAGAUUGUCGUUUCCCAAAAAAGUCUACUGAGUGAUCAAUGACCAUGUCGAAGAAAUCACAAAAAACAAAUGAAGUCUUCACAUUUUCAUUUAAUAUAUUUCAUGAUUUUAUUUUAUAUUUGUGUUGUGAAAAUAAUUUCGAAUCACUGUCGCGUAGAUAACACUGUGAAACAGUACGUACGGUAGGUAGGUAUAUCACAUAAUAUUAUAUUAUUUAGUUGUUUAAUUAUUAUUAACAUAAAAAAUUACCACAUUCGUCUUAUGUUUAAAAGUUCUAUAAUUUUGCUUUGAUCUGUACAUAAUAUUAGUUUGAUCUGAGAUCUGAUUAUUAUAUUUUUGGUGCAAUGUUUGACUGAUAUUUUCAAUGUCUACAGAUAUUAGACGUAUGAAUAUUAGAUUUAUAAAUAUUAUAUGUAAGUAUUUGAGUUAAGUGUGGAGUAGUUUCAUAUAACUUAUAAUUAAAUAAUUUAUAUUAUAUAAUUGAAAACAUCACAUAAUAAACUUCCAGUACAAUAAAGCAGUACCUCUGUUAAAUUCCGAAAAUAUAUUUUAUGUUACAGAAAUAUAUUCAUACCAGUUUAAUAGUUAUAAAUAGAUUAUAAGGUGCUUUUAACUCAUAGUAUGUCGUGAUAUUACGUAAAGAAUUAAGUGUAAUUUAAGUUUAUGCUAAUGUCUAACUACUUACAUAUUUCCAUAAUUGACACGAGAAUAUAUUAUUAUAAAGGGAUUUAUAAUAUUAAUCAAAACUCAAUAUUAUUUGAAUUAAUGUUUUUUAAAUUAGUUAUUUCAUAGCUUCUCUAAAAAAAUUUUGUUUUAAAUCUUAUGUCCUUAUAUAUUGUUUAUAUAUACAUGAAAUGCCUAUAAAUAAUAUGAAAUUACGAAUCAUUCAGCCCCAUAUUUAGAUAUUAACUAUUGUGAAGUGCCUGUUACUAUAAUCACGAUACAUUGUGUUAUUUUGUUAAUAUUUUCUAUAAGAAUGCUAGUGUUAUGGAAGUUAUUAAUAAAAUAUGACGUCAUUAUCCAUCCAAGCAUUAAAACAUGGCAGUAUUGAAAAAAAAUACAUAAAAACUCAUCACACGAUAAUAUUGUAAUGAACUUUAUUUUAUAAGAAAUAAAGCUUAAAAUACCGUUUAAGUUUAUUAGAUGAAAAGGUAACAAUAAAUUAUUUGAUAUUACAAACUGCUAUUAUAACUCGAUUCAGCUGCUAUCUAGCUAAGGUCACUGUUAAAAAAUGACGUCAUUUUUUAUAAUAUCACUACUUUUAUAUUUUUUCAUAAUAAAUAUAAACAAACUGCUUAUAUAAGAGUAAUCGAUGAUAUAUUUAUGAGUGUUGAAAUAGUCUUACAAUUAGGUAAACAUGGUUGAGUCCGCUUAUCGUAACUUUGUCGCUUUGAUGUUACCAAGGUUAAGAUCAUAAUUCUUAUGGGCUAAGGUUCAAUAUGGCACAGAUUAAACCUGUGUUUUAAGAUUUUUUUAAUUUCUCUAUUUUCGGGAGAAAUUAGAAAAAAGUCACACACCGUUGUAAAGAUCUUCGCAUAUUAUAAAAACUCGUGGCGCACUAAAUAUUAGGAAGUUUAAAUACAAGCACUGCUCAAGAAAAGUUAAUGGAAAUUCAACCGUAAAUAAUACCAUUUUAAGUUCACAUUCCGUUGUAUUAUUGUGAAUAUACCCGAAUCGCUAUUAUAAUAUGCGAAUUUCUUAAAAUAAAUACUUUUCCAUUAAGACAAAGUUACCGAUAUUUGUAUAUUUACUAAAAGUGCCUUCAGCAUACCAGUGAUCCUAGUCUAUGGCUGCUCAAGCAGCAAGGAAGUCGUGCGAGCAUUUAUUUUUUAUUGUUGCUAUAUGAAUACAUAUUGUGAUAAAAAAAAAGAUUUUAUAAUGAGCACAACUUUUGAUUUCUUGUUAAACAAGAUCUAAUAUAGUUUAUCGUAAUGGUUGUACCAAAAACAUAUUAUUUUCCAAUUUGUCCCGCGAAUCUUCUAAGUGUUAAAUUUUUCUAAUUUUAAUAUGGUUGAAGUUCAACACGUAAAUUUCGUUGAGAAAGGAAAUUAUCUUCGUAGUAAUCUUACUUAUAAGAUUAACUUAGGAAGGUGUUCAAAUGAAAUUCUCUAAGACUUUAAUUAGCGCUUUAUAGCAGUGUCACGGGAUAUUCACUGUACAGUUGGUUAUAGACAUUAUAAUAUGUGAUACUAGUUUUUUUUUUUGGAAAUUAUCAAGAUUUUUCAGUAUAAUUUAAUCUAUAAAAUCAAUUAACAUAAUAAUUUUGCAUUUCAAGCAAAAGAUGUGUCUUAAAUCGCGCCUUUUAUUCGAAUUACAACCGAAAUGGAAGUCUUUAAGGUUGCAAAUAGUAUAUACAGAACGGCCUUACAUACGGAACAAAAUAUUAUGUAGAUGUUAUUAUAACUUGAAAAUAAGUUUUCUAUUUUAAUAUAAUAACAAUGCUUUAUAUACUGUAAUAUUUUCAGUCGCACAAUUACAAUAGUAACAUUUCAUUAUUGAGUGAUUUAAUAGCAUUGCAGAAUGUACGUUGUGAAUUCAAAUCUCGCGACGUUUAUGAACAUUUCAACAAUAUCCAGAAUGUGUAGACAACAGACUAUGAUAUCACGAAGCGUUACCGACCUCUUCUAAAAGACCUAAGUCGACAGUCCGGGGAGCGACCUAGCUCUAGCCAUGAUUCUAACUAAAGGAUCUACAUCUUAUCGAUGUUGUGCCGAUAAUUCGUUUCAUCUUACUUCUUUGACAUGUUUUUUGGUGGAUAAAUUACUAGUUUGGUAAAGCUGCUGUCAAAUCCGUCAUCAAUAUUCUUUAUCAUUCGUUCGUCGUUAAUAAAGAACAUGUUAAAGUAGUAAAAUUAAAUGAAACAUCGACACAAAAUCGAUAUUGUCGUACACUAGGGCUAAAAUCAUGACUGAAGAGUUAGAUGGUCUCACUCUUGGUCUGCCCAAGCUCUAAGUGCUUUUUUUUAAUAUCUUCUCGUUUUAAAUUGUAAUAUAUUUUAUAACUUUAUUUGCUAAAAUGUACUUUUGAUAGGUUGUUAUAUCUUUUGAAUAAUGGUAUAUUUGGUAUUAUAUUUAAUAAUGCUUUUAUAAAAAUAUUAUAUUUGUAUCUCCAUGUCACAAAUUUUAAGUAAAAAGCUCGUUUUUGUUGCACAGAACAUAAGAUGUAAUUUGAAUUACUCACGCGUAGCGUUACUUACCAAAAGCUUAGGCAUAAACACUAUUAUGUCUGCUCUUAGUUUUUUUCUUUUAUUUAAACAGAAAAGGAGGCAGGAACUCUAUUAAAUUGUCAACGUGCAACAAAACCGAGCUCAUUGUAUAGAUUAUUGUUAAUGCUGUUACCAGUAUUCGGCUUUAUUUGUAUUGUCAAAUAUCAAAAUUGUUUUUUAUUGUAAUCAGUGGUAGGUAUUUAAACCGCGUAUAAGUCGCAAUGGCCAUCUAUAUUAGAAGCUACAGUUUAUUAUUGUUUGUCUGUGCCAAUGUCGUCAUUGCUGUCCAUUCGCGAGAUAGUCUGUGUCAAAAGUAAAAUAAACAAAAGCAAUAUGCUACAUUCUCAUUCACUAACCACUCCAGACCUAAUCGCUACGGCUUACGCGCGGUUUAUACACUAUUUACCAAUUGUAGAAUGUAUGAAAUUGAAUUUGUAAGUGUUGUAAACAUCACUUGUACCUGCUUCUUGAAUAUUAAAUAUUUUGACAGUCAAAGCAAAAUUAUUGCGCUUACGUAUUGAAAAAUAAAUCAUAUUGCAUAUAUAAUGUAUUUUAUUUUUUAAUAUACCAAUAGCGUUUAAGCUCAUCGGUUCCAGUUAAUUUCUUAUUGUUAGA